AUGGUUGGAGCCCACAUAUCAGGAGCCAGCUCUCGACCAGGAGUUGACGCGGAGACCAACGUUGCAUCUUUAAUGGACAAUAUCCCAUCUAUCGGACACCACCUCGAUCAUGGAGAUGGACUUGAGCGAACCACGUCUCAAAUGUCCGCAGAUGUAUCCGUCCGCAGCCAUACAUCUAGCCUCCAGGAUCAACUAGCAAGCCCCACAGUUGUCAAGGACAUCACCUUCUGGGGCGGCCUGUGUCUUUUGAUUUGCAACACAACAGGACCUGGGGCGGUGACUCUGCCCCUGGUCGCUCAGAGUGCUGGCUGGAUGCCGACCAUUAUUGGAUUUGUGCUUGUGGGUCUGCUCAGUUAUCUGAGCAGUCUUUUCAUCUGCGAGGCCAUGACAGAGGUCCCGGGCAAUGACCAUUUUCAGGCCAAUGUCGAGUUCUCUAACUUGGUGCUCUGCUUCUUUGGCCGGCGAUAUCAAGUAUUUGUCCAGAUCAUCUGCUUCCUCGCCAUGCAGACCACGAACAUUGCAUCUAUAGCGAUCUGUUCCCAGCUCUUUGACAACCUUCUGAUCAGGAUCUUUCAUCGAACAUGCGGGAUCCAGGUCUAUCCAAGUGUAGCUCUUGUCUGUGUCUCCGAACAGUUACCCUCAGCCAGCCCCUUCUCCGGUGUAUUGAUCAUGAGCACAGGUGCACUGGUGGCGCUUAUCAUGAUUGUGCCAUUGUGUCUCAUGAACCUCAGCGAGAAUAUCUGGCUUCAGAUUGGGUCCUGCAUCUUGAUCCUUCUGAUCUCUCUCCAGUGGACGGUGACAUUUUUCAUCCACGGAUUGGAGCCUGCACGCGUGCCCGCAAUCGGCUCGGAUAUGUCACAGACCUUUGGAUCGAUCCUAUUCAACUACGCCUCUGUCACGGCGGUCCCCUCGUUGGCCAAUGCCAAAAAGGCCAACGUGUCGAUCCAUAAGACCGUGGGAUCGAGCAUGAGUAUCAUGACGGUCCUCUAUCUGACGGUAUCCAUCCUUGGAGGCAUGGCCUUUGAGAUCCCUGCCGAUUCGACGAUGAUCCAGGCCAUUAGUGCAUCGCCCGAUGUCACGACUCUGUCACAAAUUGCCGGAUAUACGUUUCCGAUCGCGGCGCUCAUCACCUCGAUCCCGGUCAACAUCAUCGUGCUACGGUACAACUUGAUCCAGUCUGGGACUUGCAACAAAGGCUGGUCGAAUGUCUUGGCAGGAGCGCUGCCUUGGUUGGUUGCGCUUCCCUGCAUGACAGGAUCAGGGCUGACGAAUGCGGUAGGCUGGAGUUCAUUGUUCUUUGUUUCGGCAGCCAACUUUGUGAUCCCCUUUGUACUUUAUAUAUAUUCGAAGAAGUACAAGGAGAAGUUGAGGCAGAUGUCAAAGGUCGAGCGUAUGCAGGAGGAGCUUUUGAGUAGUGAAGCGAGGAUGAAGACUGUUAUGGACAGGAACGAGGUAUCCUCAGAGACGAGCGAUUCUGGCUGGAAACGACUGAUGCUCUGGUCUAGGGAUACGGCAGCAGCAGCUCACCCGGGAGUGCAGGACAAGGCCUGCCACCAGGAUCUACAGCAGGGUCUAGAGGAGAAAUCUCAGGGGUGGAUCGAUACUUAUGGACAGGAGCAAGAUGUCAGCGACGCUGAAACUCUGUCCAAGACGGAUCAUGUGGAUGGCGUGGGCUUUGCAUCCAAGGAUCUCUCAUCGCAGACUGCCCACGGCGAGUCCUCUGCUCUAUACCAUCAAUCCGUCGCCCGAUCCCAUGGGGUCCAUAUCGAGGCCAUUGCACCACCGUUCUUGGGCGGCAACAAUUACACGAUCCCAGGAUUUGGCAUUUGUCUUGCGAGACCGUCCUCGAAUCUUGAUGUGGACAUUCAGCACCUGCGAUCGGACGGCGAAGAGACUCUCCAGCAAGGAACAGGGUUGAUGGAACCAGAGGAUCGGCUGCCACAGCACUGUGGCGAACUCGACACGAUCUGGAGCAUGCGAGCUCUGCCAAAGUGGGCCCCUGUCUCGGGAAUUACGGUUGCGCAUUGCGCGUUGGCGGUGUUGCUGAUCGGCAUCAGCGCGACUAUCAUGUAA